AUGUCGAACCCUUUGAGCUGGACGCCAAGCCGGAACCAAGAUCUAUCAUACGAAGACGGAUUGGCUCUUAUCGACGACUUCUACGAGAACUCCAACCGCGACGCUCCACCAGCAACGACGAUGCCGCCGCCGAUCUCUCCGCUAGAUGCUGACUCCAUCAAAACGACCGGAUGUGCCCGAGCCACAGAUGAGGACAGGUCUGCUGCUGUCAUUUCCCAGCUACCUCAUUCUCCCGUUGACCGCUAUACACCUAACGCACACCCACCUCUACCCUCCUCUCCACCUCAGCCGGAUCAACCUGAAUGGCAGUCGCACUGGAAUUUCUUGCCUCCAGCUUUCACAAGCUCCCCGAAUGUUACAAAUGCACCACCUCCUACACCUACAACCGGCUUCACGAUUUCCACGCAGUCCGCUCCCAUCCCGGUUGCAUCACAUAUCAAGUCAAGCCCCUCGCCACAACCGUCAAGAGGCACCUCUCCAAACACCUUCGUACGGGAGGACAAUUCAUCUACACUCACCACGUCCAAGGCUGGCUCUCCCUCUCUAGCUACCUCAAAGAACACCUCGCCCGAUCUCCCGGCCCAGAAGAUUGACUCACCAAUCUCAACCGCUACCCCGGUCGUGCGGAAAACUCCCAUUCCUCUUCCUCCUAUGCCUUCCAUGGAGACCAAAGCUCCCACUCUAGUUCCUUUGCUCAGCGCUCGCACAUCUUCAGUGGCAAAAGAGAACAAGGCACCGAGCAACAAGGCCUUGAAGAAGACGGCAACGGACAGCCCAAGCAGCGCAUCGGCCACUCCACGGACGGUCAAAAAGCAGCGCUGCGUGCGCUGCGUCAAGCAGCACGGCGCGUGUGACCUCGACACGAAGCACCCAUGCUCACGCUGCGCGAAGGCGAACGUGGCGCCGGAGGAGUGCGUGCCGAGGGAGUACGGCAAACGGCGUCAAUCUCAACCUGCAGCAUAA